AUGUCUUUUUCCUUGUUUCUUCUCCACCAAAUUUUUUUCCUAAGGCAAUAUGGCCAAGUGUCUUUUUCCUUUUCUUCUCCAGAAAUGUUUUUUUUUAUGCUCUCCACAAAUGUCUUUUUCCUUGUUUCUUCUCCACCAAAUGUCUUUUUCCUUGUUUUUUUCUUCCACCAAAUGUUUUUUCUUCUUGUUUUUUUUCCACUCCAAAAUGUCUUUUUUCCUUGUUUUUUUCUUCUCCACCAAACUGAAUUUUUCCUUGUUUCUUCUCCACCAAAUGUCUUUUUUUUCUUGCUGGCAAUAAUUAUAAACGGUUCUUUCCCACCAAAUGUUUUUUCCUUGUUUUGGCCUCCACCUCAUGUCUUUUUCCUUGUUUCUUCUCCACCAAAUGUCUUUUUCCUUGGGACUUUCUUCUCCACCAAAUGUCUUUUUUCGGUAGUUUCUUCUCCACCAAAUUUUUUUCCUUGUUUCAAUCUCCACGUAAUGUCUUUUUUUGGUUGA